AUGGUCAUUGAUACCCAAGUUAAUGGUUCAAUGACUACUUCGUGGGCUUCUUUGAAUUUCCCUUUGACUAUAUAUGGUAAGGACUUUGGUAUUGACUUAGUUGGCUUACCGUUAAGUCAACUUGAUCUUAUCCUGGGAAUUAACUGGUUGGAGUUCAACCGUGUUCAUAUCAACUGUUUCGACAAGUCCAUGUUGUUUCUAGAGUUCGAAGAAGGUGAAGAUAUGAUGUUUAUGUCUACUAAGAAAGUGGAUGAGUCCUUAAAUAAUGAUGCUCGAGUGUUUAUAAUGUUCUCUUCUUUGAAGGCUGAAAACAAUAGUGUGAUUGGUGAUCUACCAAUUGUGCGUGAUUUUCCAGAUUUGUUUCCAAAUGACGUUAGUGAUUUGCCGCCAGAGCACAAGGUUGAUUUUUCCAUAGACUUAUUACCUAGUACUAUUCAUGUGUCGAUGACACCUUAUAUAAUGUAUGAUUCAGAGAUGAAUGAAUUUAAGAAAGAAUUAGAGGAUCUUCUUAAGAAGAAACUUAUUAGACCCAAUAUGUUGUCGUAG